UUGGAGUGUUGUGAGACAUUACAAGUGCUUUUUGAAAUAAACGAAUAUUUUUUCAUAAAAAUUGUGUCACAGUAUUUUAUAUUGGUGCAAUAAUGAUUAGAAAAUGUGUAAAUCAUAAUAUUUUUCAAACUCAAACGAAAUUUUCGAAAACCGAAACUGACGAUAAAUGAUCCAUGAGCACGAAUAAAAAUAUUUUAAACCGCGGGUUGACCGGCGGGUAAUCAACAAUCAUGAUAUCACCGCAGAAUAGAUUAUAAUGUGUGAUUGUUCAUAUUAUCUCUUGUCUAUUAUGUGAUAUCAUAAUCAUAGCCGGACAAUCCGAUUUUUCAGUUUUUCUCCGAUUUCUGUAUCCUGCCGGAUACCUCAAAUUCCUGCAACUGUAAACGGAAUACGGAUGUCCGUUUAGCAAACUAAAUUAUAGGUAUUAUAAUAUUGUAGAACUCAAGGAUUGGGAUAGAUUAGUAGUAAUUGACAAUUAAUAUGAGCAAGUUCAAAGUAACGUCGGAUUUCGUAAUUAAUGCGUUGUGCACUGUGACUAUUGGCGCCGGUACUAUCGAAUAUUGUUCUAACAUAAUAUUUAAUAGUUAUCAUGUCAAAUACUUAAAAGAAGCAAACAAAAAUAAUCAACCUGUUCCAUUAAGUGAAUCUCUUAAAAAACGACACGACGAUGUGAUUCAAGAUUUUAAGUUAACAGAUUUCAAAAAAGCUUUUGUAAAACCAUUUACAGCUAAAGGCAUUAAUCCAGUGAAUGUUGGUUGUUUAAAUACUCGCAUGGGUAGUUAUAUAGGAAUUCCAACCAUUUAUGAUCUUAACUCCGUAGAUGAUAUUUCAAUCCUAAAUAUUGCAGAUUUAAACCUACAAAAACAAUAUACAAAACUUAUAAACGACAAGUCUGAGUUUGGUCAACAAUUUCUGAAGUCAUUAAUCCUUAGUGAAGCUGCUAAAAAAUAUAGUAUUGCCAGAGAAUUGAUGCUUACAGACAGUCAUCGAAUAUUUAUUAAAUCUGUUUUAUCUUCUGUAGUAUUAAUGCCAAUGUAUGCUUUGGGAAGUUACGUAUAUAACGGAUUGCCUCCUAAUCCAGCUAGAGUUAGGAUGUUAGCACUUUUUUUAUUAAGUAAUAUAGGAGUAUUAUUAUGGUUUUUUACACGCACUGCUAUUGAGAAUUUUUAUCAAAAAAAAGCUGAUGAAAAAGUAUGUGAUAUCGGGGAAGAAUACAUUAAGGGUGGAAUAGAGUAUUAUGAAAAAUUAAUUCAAAGAAAUCUAGCUUUAAGAAACAUUUUACCUGAUGGUGAAAACAUGUAUUCUAAAGAAGGAGAUCAAAUUGAAUUUAUUUCAGAAUUAUCUGAAUUACCCAUUACAUACAGAAAAAGGUAUCUUGAAAAUAGAUUGAAAAAAUUAAUAAAUGAAAACAAAGAAACUUUAACAUAAUUUGAUUAAAUAUGUCAAUACUGUUUUUGGUUAAUUAGUUAAAAUAAAACUAUUCAAUUUUUGCUUAGAAGAAUAUAGUCUUUAGACAUUUUAUUAUGUUCUUUGUUUUGAAACCAUGUUUACAAUAUUUUCUAGAUGAUAUUAAAUUUUACUAUUAAACUUUGAUCAUAGAUAAUUUUAACUGUAAAUGGAAAGACUUAUUUUUAUUAAUAUGCAAUAUAAUUUUUUUAAUUAUACUUUGGUAUUAAUUAGUGACAUGCAUAGGCGGAGCCACGGGGCGUGCAGGGUAUGCAGCUGCACGCCCUGAAGGCUGCUUUAAUUCAAGUUUAAAAUUAAUUCAUAAAAGUAAAAUCUAUGACGAUUAAUUUGGCUGAAAUCUAAUGAUCAUUAUAAAUACUAAUCAUUAUAUUUGUUCUUAACAAUGUAUUUUCCAUGUAUUCAUUUUCCAAGCUAAGACAGUUCCUAACCGUAUUUUUUCUAUAUACUAUAAUUCAAAAUAAUAAAUAUAAUUUCUGUCAUUUUCAAUUUUUUCAAAUUAAUUUUUUUUUUUAGAAUUAAAUGAUUAUAUUCUAUAACAAAAAUACUGCCAAUCGCUGGAGGAAUUAAACUGCGCUAACAUUCGGUAUAUUAUUUAAAAUUAAUAAAAAUUUGAAAUUUUGUUUUAAAAGCUUGAAUAAUAAAUAAGCAAAUAAUUAAAUAAAAAGCUUACAAUUUCUAAAUAACAACUAAUUAUUGUGACUUAUAAAAUAUCUGAAAAUGGGAAUUUUAGGGAUAACCCCUCCCCCCCAUAAAUUGUGGUGGGCUGAUUUAGAUUCUGCAUACGCUAAACAAUUCUUCUGGCUCCGUCUAUGGUGACAUGAGAGGAAAUAUUUAACUAGGUACUAUUAAAAUAAUUUGACUGCUUCUUGUAUAGUUAUUAGUUGUUUUAAGAAAAGGAUAUAUUUUACUUUAAAUGUUAUGUACCAUGUAAUAGUUAUUUAUCAUAAUUUAAUAUUUGAGCAAAAUAUUACAUUGACAUUAAAGAAAUAAGUUAAGAGAACGCCACACUGACAUUUUUUGUCUCUGUUUUACAUGUGUGUAACCUAUGAAAUGUACAGUAGUAAGCAGUUCAUAUUUAAUAUGAGAAUUCAUUAUAAUUUCAGAAUUAUUUUUUGAUAUUUUAAUUUUAGAGCGAAUUAUGAGUAUUUUUAAAUUGUUAUAAGUUAUAACCGACAUUCUGACAUAAUUAUAACUCUCUUCAAUUAAAAUGUAAUUAAUAAAACCAAAUAUGGAAUAGUCUAACGCAAAUUUGCCAUGUUAUGCAUGUGAAACAGAGACAACAGAUUAUAGCCAAAUUCUCUUCAGUGGUAUAUGAAAAAAUAUUUUAAUGUGAAUAAUAAAUCAUGGUAUCAUACUAUUAAAAACAUUUGACUUCAUGGAAACUGUAAAAUAUUAACUAUAUUUUUGUAUCAAUGCUAAUUGCUAAUUACUCAAUUUUAUUAACUACCUAAAUAAGGUUAAUUUGGAGGUAUACAAAAAUUAUAUAGCUUUAGUUAUUACACAACUUUUUUUUUAAUGUAUUGCUUGUGCUACAAAUCGGUAAUCUUAUGUGUGAUCUAUCAGGUAAACUAUAUCAAAAAGUGAUUUACCAUACAUAGGUUAUCAAAUCACCAGUUAAGUAAAGUUUUCGUAAGUAUAGUACCAAAAUUAAAAAAAUUAAAUUUCAUCUAUUCUGUUAAGGUACUAAUAAAUGUUUAGUCCCACUAAAGUAGUGGACUUUUGUAGUUUAAUUCUAUGGGUUAACCGUCGCUGUUAUUGUUGAGAUUUGAUGAAAUUGUAUUUUUGUGAAUUAUUAUGGUUUUUAAAAUAAUAAAUAAUGAUAAAUUCUUAUAA